CCAUAAUCACUCGUCUGUAGAUAAACGUUCGCGAUUUUAUCACGACGCAGACAGUGUCUAGUGUUUUUUCUUUAUAAUAUGUCUAAUGAAUUGGACAAAGUGAUCAAACAUACUAAUUAAAUUCUACCGAAUAAGACCGUACUCUAGUCCUCUAGCAUAUACUCGUGUAGUGAUGGUGUGAACAGUUUUUUUUGCAAGAAGUGACGGCGCCAGAAUGUCUGACGAACCUGAAGCUAGGAUGUGGGACGAGGGCAGCUCCAGAUACGACCCGGGAGACCACGGAGUAUAUUUCGAAUCAGCCUUUGCCUCCUCUGAGCACUUGGACAGAGCUCCUUUGCUCUCCGAGGAGACGUACACAGACAUCCCGGUGGGGCGGAGCCCUACUGCCACCCACUGCCAUUGGAAGUCGCAUUCGGAGCCCCGGAGCGCCGUGCGACAACUAUUACUAGCGCUCGUACUAUGUGGACUGUUCAUGAUAGCAGAAGUGAUCGGCGGGUUCCUAGCGGGCAGCCUCUCCGUGAUGUGCGACGCGGCCCACAUGCUGAGCGACUGCGGGGGCUUCGCCCUCGCUCUACUCGCCUUCCACUGCGCCAAGCGGCAGCCAGACUUAACCAUGUCCUAUGGGUAUAAAAGGGCUGAGGUCCUCGGCGCAAUGGUGUCCGUCCUCCUAAUCUGGAUCUUGACCGGCAUCUUCGUGUACGUGGCUGCCAUCCGGAUACACUCGCGCGACUUCGAUAUAGAGCCGGACGCCAUGAUGGUCGUGUCCGGUUGCGGGGUCAUCUUUAACAUCAUACUUGCCGUUGUACUUCAUGGAUGCUCCGGUAUUGCGCACCACCACACGCACGGCGGCGCGGCGUGCACACACGGGCACACGCACGCACACACGCACGCACACACGCCCCGCUCCCGCUUCGGCGUGUUCCGUCGCGACAAGGAGAACGGCGCCGUAGCCAAUGGAGACUACUCCGUUAAUGGCGAUUAUUCUAUGAAGGAGUUGGGAGAGACGAGGGUGGAAGGGGGCGGCGACAGGAAUAUAAAUCUGCGAGCAGCCCUCAUCCACGUGCUCGGCGACUUGAUCCAGAGUUGCGGAGUCCUCUUAGCUUCGGUGCUCAUCAAGUUUUACCCAGAAGCGAAGAUUGUGGACCCGAUCUGCACGUUCGUGUUCUCCGUGCUAGUGCUGCUGACGUCGGCGCGCGUCGUGCGCGACGCACUCGCGAUGCUCAUGCAGGCCGUGCCCAGGGACUUCCGCUACCGCGAGUUCGUGCAGGCCCUGUCCGCCGUGAGCGGCGUGCGGCACGUGCACUCCGUGCACGCGUGGGCGCUCUCCACGCACCACGUCGUCGUGUCCGCACACGUCGCUAUAGAUGAACUGACAGACUCUGAAGCGGUGCUACACGCGUGUCAACAGCUGGCCCAGGAGUACAACGCUAGGGCUGGGACGUUCCAGGUGGAGAGGUAUUCGAGCGCGAUGCCGGCGUGCGGCGACUGCAGGCAGCCCGGACACGUGCCAUGACAUCUGACUACGCUCACACACUAGCCCAGUCAGGAAUCAACGGACAGCUCAAGUACUGAAACACCUGAAGUAUAAAAGGCAUAGAAACGUAGGAUAAGUAUAAAAAUUUUGUUAAAUUUUGCCAAUGGUAUGGACAAUUAGCAAAUUCGCAAAAAUGGCGCUGGCGUCGCAUGAUAUUUAUAUUUAAUUGACAUGAAAAUAAUAUAAACAAGACGAAAAUGUUAUAAUAAUUACAUAAUUAUAAGUAUUGUUAUGAUUUAAGUUAUUUUUGUAUGUAAAAGUGUUUCAUAGGAUGUUUAAAUUAGUUAACCAAUUUGCUGGUAGAUGGCGCUAAGAUGCAAGAUAGAUCGCGCUGUUAAGAUUUUUCCUGAGUUGAUGGGGUCGCCGCCAUACUAGUUCAUCGUUACUCUGGUUUCCCUUCAAAACGUAUAAAUCUUUCGCCUUUUACUAAAGAUUUCCGUGGAGGGGGACACUCAAAUGAGUCUUACUCUAUUUUUUGAUGCCUUGCUUUUAGCAGGGCUUAUUAAUUUGUAAAAAUUUAAAAAUCGGAUAGUGUUAUAGUUGGUCAAACCAAUUUUGUAAGACAAAGAUAGUAUGAUUCUCUCUGUCUAUGAUUGAAAUGAGAAAGUCCUUGACAAACUAUAUCAUGAAUUUACAGUAUUUUAGAGGAAGCGGGACGAGGUUUAUUUCAUUUCGUGUGCAAACUAUUCCAACUAACCAAUUUCUUUGUCCAAUGUGUAUUGCGUCUCUCAUUUUGCUUUAAUGAGAGAGUGAGAGACAGACAAUGACAUAAGAAAAAAGUUGAUUUAUUGACCCAAAAAAAACAUAAUAAUAACAGCAUAGGUACCUUCAGAUACAUUGGAAAAAGAAAUUGAACAGGAAUACCACCCUCACACGCGUUUUUAUUUUUUUCCAUAGAAUGUAGCAUUAUAACAUUUUAUCAUCACAAUUACUUUAGCAUAAUAAUUUGAUCUCAAAUUAGUAUCUAAUCGGGUUCUAUCACAGAUGGCGGUGGCUCUAAUCCUAGUUACCUAUUAUAAGUCUAGUGCCAACUUUAGCGCUUCAUUAGAUGCAUUUUUAUAAUCAUUGUCUUUAUAGAAAUAGAGACUACUCAAAGUGCCAAAAGUGAGUUUCCAUUUCAUUUCGUGGAACAUGUGUGGAGUACAGUAGACGGUCGCCAAUCCGGCGCGCCUAGUAAUUCGACAAUUAUGGCUCAUUUAGACGAUGCGAGUUUCAUUACAUUGCGGUUUUUUUGCGGUCGGUUGAAUUGGACGUAACCAACAGUCCGCAAUGUAACUAAAAUCGCAUGCGAGUUCACAGCCGUCUACAUCAGCCUUUAGUGACCCGUUCUAUAUCCCGGCAGUUUACAGUCGAACGCGGGGUUGCAUUUGAUAUUUAGAAAUAAUUUUCUAUACAAACCCCCUUAUUCAUAAAACUUUACGGGCCUGAUUUGGUUAAAUUAUGUUUUAUCACCUUCUUACAAAUACAUAAGUCAAAAUGACAGAUAAGGACAAAUGAUUAGUAGCUAAUUGAGGUUUGUAGUGCGUUAAUGAAUAAGGGGGGAAAGCUUUUAUUUCCCAUAUAAAUCCAAUAUCCGGGCAGUUCUAACAAUCGGGAAUAGAAGGAAAAUUUCAGGUCCGUUUUACCGAGCGCCUACUGUACUCACAAGAGAAAGUGACAAAAAAAUAAAUUUCAGCAUAAGGGGUCAUCCAUUAUUUGUUUAAUUUUCUUUCCUAUCAGUUUUGGGUUAUAAAAUUACUAAUAUUUUUUUUUCAAACAUAUUUUGAUAAAAUUAUUAAUAAUACGUUUAUAACCUACAGACUUAAUUUGAUUUGCCGAUUUCGUUGAAAUUUUUGAAAAAAUGUGGCGUCACACCAGGGGGGGAGGGGUUUGCCAAAUGUGACCAAGUCUGACAAUGGUCAAAAAACUUAGAAUUUCGUGUGAUAUAAUUAACGGAUGACCCCUAAGUUAUGUGAGCAUGUGACAUUUUCAAGCAAGGUUCACAGUCACACAUCUGCAAAAGUCCAUACUCACUUUAUAAAUGGCAUUCAUUCAUAGAGUUUGUACAUUGUUGGUUAUCGACACGGACUAUGUACAUCUUUAUGAUAUUAACUUAACCUUAAUGACAACCUAUAAUAAAUUACUAUUUGCUUGAAAAUGUAACAUUUGUUAAAUAAAUGUUGAAACUCUUCGGCAGAUAUAGUAUGUAGCUAAAGUAUUAUUUAAUAAAUAUUAUCGCUUUCGUGGGUUAAAGACCAGUUGUUGUUAGUAUUAAAUUGUAUAUGGGCCAUUAUCUAUGAAAAGGGACCUGAUUGUCGAUGGCGCUUACGCCGCACAGCGUCGCGCGGCAUUGUAUUUAUAUCGGAGCAUCGUUAAUAAUGGCGUAAGCGCCAUCGACAAUAAGGUCCCUUUUUAUAGAUAACGUCACAUAUUUUGUUCGACAAGAGAUAUAAACGUAAUAUAUAUUAAAAUAAGGCAUGUACAUUUGUUGAUUUAAAAGCGUUUUCAAACUUAAUAUAAACUAUGAAAUAAGAUACAAGUGUAUAGACAAGGACUACAAGUAUGAAUAUAUUUUUUAUAUAUAAUUGUGGCUUUCCAUUAUAGUGGGGUCCUUAUGCUUCAAGUGCAAUAAGGACGUUCCCAUCAGACAUUCUGACAGCCUAACAGCCGUGGCUCACUCCGCGAUUUCGUCGCGUCGCUACAAGUACAUGCGGCCAACACCAAUUUUGGUGUCUAGCAGUAGUAGUUGCCGCGUACCGCUACGGAACGGACGCCUGCUCGCGCUUGUGCCACCUUCGGUCAUAUCUGUCGUAAUAGACGCGUUUUGUUAGAGAGUGAACCUUCUGUACCUAGUGCUAUUAUUUUAUUCUGUGAUUCUGGUAGAAAGGUCCUUAUUGCAGAUGAAGCAUAAGGACCCUUCUCUGUUGGAAAGCCACGUAUGUUUUGUAUUUCCAUGCAUCUCAGUCAAUGACAAUAUUAGGCCAAUCUUUCCGAAAGUCGUGAAAGCAGUCGGACACAAUAAAUAAUUUUGUAUUUCACUAAUUUUGAUGUUGAAAAAUCUAAUAUUUCUUAACUUUCUAACCAGCAAGAUUGUUUUAAAGUUCAGACCAAUACUUACUUUGACAUCGCAGUACAAUUGCCAUCAAAAAUUAUGUAUUAUGUCGAAAACAAAAUAAGAUAAAAAAUAGGAAACUAUUUACAUUGUAAAUUAGUAAUUUUCAUCUUAAAUUUGUAAUAUUCCUUAAAUAUCCGUACUAAAUAAGAAUAUAAUGAGCUUCUUGUAAGAUAACCUGGAAUAUAAUCGUAGAAAUAAAUAGAUGUAUUGUAUUAGAUUCUAGAUGGCGUUAGUGAUAUCGAGAAAUGAUACAAUUUUAGUUAAGUUAUUUAGAAUGUUAAACGUUGAUUUUCGGUUGUGUGUGUAUUCAUUUACAAAUAAAUAUGAUGAUUUUGGUACAAAUAUGAAUAAAAUAUUAUUAUUAUUCAGGCAAUCAACAGUUUCAUUUCAUAUUACUGCGACUUUCUCAAGACUACUAGCGCCAUCUAGUUUCGUGUUAGUUAAUUAAAUUAUUAAAUACAUUCUAUUUAUUUUACCGACUCUAUAUUGACGCGGUAAUUUUAUCAAACUUGAUAUAGCGUCGAUAAAAUAUAUACUAUUGAUUUGUGCUACUUUGAAAAGGGCUAGUUACGAUAUUUCUUAGAAUUUUCAGUACUUUAGUAUUAGAUCACUAGUUAAAUAAUGCAAUUGUAAUAUUUUUGUAAACUCGUAGUCCGCCCUUAUGGUGUUAGGUAUUCACCUGUCCAAUUUCGUUGUCCAAUGUCAUUGUGUCUCACUCUCUAAUUAAACAAAAUGUGAGACGCAAUACACAAUAAGGACAGUAAUGACAGUAUUUUGACAAUUAUUGGAAUUUUAUGCUCAAAUAGCUAAUGUACAUAUUAUAUGUAAAAGUAGAUGUCGUAGUGUAGAUAUUUUGUAUCCGUCAGUUUUGGUGCAUGCCCGUUACAAAUAUAUUUAAUGAGGAAUGUUUUUAAAAGGAAUUACUUGCGGUAAAGAAAGAACGCGUAGGACGAGUAAUUUCGUACAUUGAACCGCCUGUUCCUAUCUCUGUCGCUAGCGCCUAAUUAUAUAGCUAUCCCACUCGCAUAGUGCCGUUGGCCGCCGUCAUCAUACACACACACACAUACACAUACACAGCGUACACACAAAACUAAAAUAUUAACCUCUUCAGUUCGAAGAAAUUUAAAUCCUAUUCAAUUGAAACAGAGUCGCUUUUGCUUUGUUUCGUUCAAUUUUCCAACAACGCAAAAUGAACUCUAUUUCGUACAUUAUUCAAAGGUUCAAAUUUCUGUAGCAAAUUUUGGAUUUUUCAUUCGUAUGGCUGGGCAUUAGGAGGUUAUAUGGCGCCAUCUACAACAAUGAUGCGGCGUUGUAGGGCGAUUGUCAGUCUUAUACACCUUGUUUUUAUUGAAUUCCGUUAACUUCGGGGUAUAGUUAAGUACGUUUAUAAGAACUAAAUGGCAUAGUUCAUUUAAAAAAAAAAAUUUUUUUUUGUUUUCUUUUUUGUUUUUUUUUUGUUUAAAAAGUAAUUAAAUGUAGCAUAUAGCGUUGUUGUAACACGGGCAUUACAUUUAACUCAACCAAACAAUUGAAAUCUGUGACAUAUCAAUGUGAUUUCGUACAUCAAUCGACCGAGAUUGUACUUAAGUUUAGUAGCAAAUGUAUGAACUCAUUCUAAACACUAAUCAAUAUGUAAGCCGGCCCUAAGGCAAGUGUACACGCUUGUAGAGGCCUUAUAGGAAAAAAAUAAAUUAUGGAUUAUCUCCGAAAUGGACUUAAUUAGAACAUCGGUGUCUUUGAGAAAGUUACUUGAUUUAAGCUCAGGAAUGCACCCUUGAAAUUAACGGAAAUCAAAAAAAACACGGUGUAUACUUGUUUUUCUCUGGAAGUAACACCUUUUAAAUAUACACAGUGGACAAAAAAUAAGUGCAUUCCCGUUGCCAGGGAGGUUUUGGGAUUAUACUGAGCAACUUUUACGAUGAGACCAACCCCGAAUCGCGAGAAAAAAAUGUACCCUCCCAUAGAAAAUCGAUCAGCCAAAAUGUAUGAAACAGCCAAAUUUUUUUUUCGCGAUUUAGGGGUUGUUUCCAUAGUAAAAGUUGUUCAGUAUAAUCCCAAAACCUCCCUGGCAACGGACUUAUUUUUUGGCCAUCCUGUAUAUCCUCAAAUAGGUAAGUUUUGCAAAGUUGUUAAUUAAAAAAAAAGGUAGAGGUCUUAAGAAAGAUAAGUGCUUUGAAUUUGUCAGCUGAUGUUGAUGUCGCUGUCCGGCUCGGUACAUUAUGGCAGUAAUGUUGACUGUCAAAAAUUGACGUUUACAAAUUCAGUUACCGCAGUUACGAUUUUUUUUUUGACUUUACACCUCUGCUAAAAUUAAUAACUCUUUGGUUAAGCAACAUAGGAGUUUUUGUAGCGCUCUGUUUUUGACUAGUUUUCCCCAGAUUUAGUUAAAUGAUGUUGACGUAUGUUUAAAUUUCAAAUAAUAUAAUUAUGCAGUUGUGAAAUAUGGUGUAAGUUUCUGGUAGUUGCUAGUCGAUGUAUAACUUGAAGCGUAUUUUGUAUUGUCAUAUCAUAUUCUAAAUGAAUUCAAAUAAUAGUUUUGGAUGUUUUAGUUUAGACAAAAGAGUAAAUAAAAAUUUUAUGAUUUUUUUCUUUUAACUGUCGCGUUUAGUAGGAAUGAAAUAUUUUUUUACAUUCAACUAUUUGUUUUUUAUUCAAAUUAAAUUAUUCUGAACGUUCCGUCUAGAAUUUGAACUGUUAAAAAACACUUUGUUGAUACAAUAAAUAAAUAAAUAGAUUAUAAUCUGACAAUCUACAGUUUAAGGCCACCAUAUUUAAUACACCAUUUCUUCAACUUUGACAGAAACGAAUGGACAAAAUAUAUAACUCGUUGAAAUGUUUUUAAUAUGUAGUAUAAGUUAGUGACUAAAAAGCAGACUACGUAAAUUGUAUAGCAUUUUCGGUGCAGCGGAGUGGUGUUAACGGAAUUGGUAUAAACAAUUUCAACCCUAAUGAUUAAUUAGCGUUAAUUACGUUAAUAUUAACCUUAAUUUACCAUUUCAGUUGGAAUUAUCUAUGCCGAUUCCGUUAACACCACCCCGCUUCCAAAAAUGCUAUAAAAUAAAUUUUAUAGCAUUUUUGGUGAAUCGUAAACGAUGUCUGCUAAUAAACUAUAUUUCAACCACCAAUGUAAAAACAAUUAUUAAUAUUUAAGACUUAUUCUCAAAAAUCAUUCACAGAAAUGUGUCGUUCCUUAAACUAGGGAGUGUUUGAUGAUUAUUAUUAACUAGCGACCCGCCCCGGCUUCGCACGAGUUACACAAAACCUUAACAAAUGAUACACCUAAACCUUCUUCAAGUACCAUUAUUGAUAGGUGAAAACCGCAUGAAAACCCAUCCAGUAGUUUUUGAGUUAAUCGCGAACAUAAUUAUAUACACACAAAAAGACAGACGCGGCGGGGGAAUUUGUUUUAUAAGGUGUAGUGAUUAAGUACGAUGCUUUGUAUUUUAAGUGUACAAUCGUUCUGGGGUCCCUUUCCAUGAGGAAAGACACAAGUAAGGGUCUAGAUAAAAAUCGGAGCUAUAUUUGACCGUGAUUACCUUUUAUAUUGUUUUCGAGCUCUCGAUAUUCCGCUAUCAUCAGUUACCCGUGAACAAGAUGCAUGUAACUGCGUCGAAAUAUCGGGAGCUCGAAAACAAUACAAAAGGUAAUCACGGUCCAUAUCCCGGUCGAUAUAAGUUAGUGAAACUAACCGUGAAUCAUUCAAAACUUACUUGUUAGGUUGUUUUCAAUUUCCGACAUGAAGUUUAGAAGUAGCAUGUAGACCCUGUUUUCUGUGAUUUGAUCGCGUACUGUACAGUCAACCCAAUUUAAAAACAGACUUUAAUUGCCGAUGACUGUACCCCGAACUCGAGUUGCCAAAUUGUAACCAAAAAAUGUAUUUUUAUAAAUGAUUUUGUGGAUAAAUAUAUGUAUGAGCGUUGAUUUAAUUUAUAAUAUUAUUUUUGUUAUUACAUUUUCCGUCCCGGUGCGAACCGUUAUUUCUGUUGUAUUAUUGUAUUUGGAACGGUGAAAAUAAAUUAUUAUUGUAAAA